AUGGCUACACGACAAGCCAACAAUUACACCCGGCGCGAGAUCGAAGCUGCUGAGACGUUAGUCUCAUUCCACAACAAGAUCGUGGAAUUUGUUGGUCCUCGAGAUGCACCGGCCUCUCACCAACUGCACCCUGUCAUGGUGCCUCACCUUCCCGCGGGCGUCCAAUCUACAGGUCGACAACAGAUGCCCCCGCCGCCGCGGCCACCACCGUUUCCAGCGUCUCGACAAGUGAACAUGGCCAAGUGCCAUCCCAGAGACACGGCGGUCAGAUGUACGGACAAGCAUCGGCGCUGCCUUAGCCGGCUCCAAUCUCGCCUCUGCACCGAGUCCCGGUUCUGGGACAAGGAGCGCAGUACGGGCCGGGUCAAGGUCAGGGACCGGCCUUCACCUACAACCAUGGUCCAUAUGCGGCCAUGGCGGGGACAUUUCCUCCUGCUCCUCCCGCAGCGUCACCUGCACCACGUCAAGAGCGAGGUCCUGCAGCAGCGAGGCCUAGGGGAGCCCAGCCAGCAUACUCGUACCGCUGUUACAUGUGCGACCACACCAUCCAGACUCGGGUGGGGCCGAUGGUCAAUCACAUGGUCAACAAGCACGGUGUCGCCAGAGAGGACGUCGAUAGGGGCGCGACUCGAGGACACCAAGGUGCAGAUGCUGUGGUGA